CGACCAGCGCCCCGUCACCCGGCGAUCCGCCAUCGUCGAAACCCUCGCUUCUGCCGCCGCCCGCCUCGACGCGAAAGGGCGUCGCAACGCCUGAAGCCCUGGAUUGACUCCCCAAACACCGUCACCAUGGCCAUCGCCAUGGGCUGGCACAAGCCCGACAAUGUCGCUGGCUCGUCGGCGCCAGCCAUCAUGGUCGGCCUCUUCGUCGCCUCCGGUGGUUUGCUCUUUGGUUACGAUACUGGGGCAAUCAACGGUAUUCUCGCCAUGGAGGAGUUCAAGCAGAGGUUUGGAACGUGUAACAACAAGACCGAAAACGACGACAUUUGCGCCAAAGACUCGGCCCUCAUCGUCGCCAUCCUCAGCGUUGGCACCGCUGUUGGAGCCCUCCUCGCCGCUCCCGCUGGCGAUUCCCUCGGUCGCCGAAGAACCCUCCUCCUGUCCGUCUUCAUCUUCUGCGUCGGAGCCAUUCUGCAAGUCUCUGCCGAGAGGCUAAACGCCCUGUUAGUGGGAAGAUGUCUGGCUGGUGUCGGCGUUGGCGCCGUCUCAGUCCUUGUUCCAUUAUAUCAGUCUGAAAUGGCUCCCAAAUGGAUACGUGGUACCCUAGUAUGCGCCUACCAACUCUCCAUCACCAUCGGCCUCCUCUCCGCCUCCAUCAUCAACAUCAUCACCUCCAGAAUCCCAUCAGCAGCCUCCUACCGAAUUCCCCUUGGCCUUCAGAUCCUCCCUGCCGCCAUUCUGACCGGUGGUCUCCUGCUCCUCCCCGAAACCCCGCGAUUCUUGGUCAAGCAAGGCAAGAAGGAAGCCGCCGGCCUUUCGCUAAGUCGCCUCCGACGCCUCGACAUCACCCAUCCGGCCCUCAUCGACGAACUUCAGGAGAUUGUUGCCAAUCACCAAUACGAACUGACCUUGGGUCCGGACACCUACAAGGAGAUCUUUGUAGGCUCGCCUCACCUUGGACGCCGAACCUUUACCGGCUGCGGCAUUCAAAUGCUCCAGCAACUCACCGGCAUCAACUUCAUCAUGUACUAUAGCACCACGUUCUUUGGUGGCUCGGGCGUCGACAGCCCCUAUACCAAGUCGCUCAUUAUCCAAGUCAUCAACGUCGUGUCAACUUUCGUCGGCGUCUUCGUUAUUGAGUCUUGGGGUCGCCGCAAGCUGUUGAUAGUGGGUGCCAUCGGUAUGGCAUGCUGUCAGUUGAUCAUGGCAUCGUUUGCUGCCGCUGCUGGAGAAGGCCUCAAGCAGGCCUCUAUCACCAUCCUGAUUGUCUUUUGUUCUCUCAACAUCUUCUUCUUCGCCGCCUCCUGGGGCCCCGUUGCGUGGGUCGUGACGUCGGAGAUCUAUCCCCUCAAGGUUCGCGCAAAGUCCAUGUCGAUUUCGACAUUCUCCAACUGGGUUCUCAACUUUGGCAUCGGCUACAGUACGCCCUUCAUGGUGGGCAGCGGGCCCGGCACGGCUGGCUUCGGCACCAAGAUCUUCUUCAUCUGGGGAGCUUUUUGCAUCGUCGCCGUCUUCUUCGUCUGGGCUAUGGUCUAUGAAACCAGCAAAAUCAGCUUGGAGCAGAUCGACGAGAUGUACGAGCGAGUGGACCAUGCCUGGAAUAGCAGAAACUUCGAGCCCAGCUGGAGCUUCCAGCAGAUUCUCGACGAGGGCUGGUCACCUAGCGCCCAACCUCCGCCGGAUCACGAGCUACAAACGACAUCCACGCAAUCAAGCGCCGACACCACCCUGGGCGAUUCAAAUUCCAUUACGACAGCUUCAGAUGGAAAUAAAGACUCUGUCCCGACGAUGGCGCACGUUGACUUCAGUUACUGAAAAGACAAAAGAACAAAAACAAGCGACAACCUCUCUUCUCCUAUUCUACAAGGAGCUGCGUCCCCUUGCCCUCGUCACUCGGGCGCUUCUCCCUUCUUUCUAACGCCGUUCUUCCCUACAUGUAUAGAGGGAUCCGGCUGCGUGAACAUGCGGAAAUAUAUCAGCGAUGGAGUUUUUGACGAAACGGAGUUUAGUGGCGUCUGGGUUCUUUUUUUCUUCUAUUAUUAUCGCCACUUCAUUAUCCCCCUUUGUCAACGGUUACUGGGAUCUCCAAGGGUACAUGACUGCGGGCUGCAUCAAACAAUAUCUUUUUAGUUACAAGGGGAGGAACGGAAACAUGGAUAUUCAAAGGGCAAUGGUUUCGGGAAAGGCACCAACGGGUCACUUUUAUCAUGGGCUCUUUUCUAUAUCUUCUUGGGGAGAUGUGUGGAUAUCUUGGGAGUUGUGGUCGCCGGGAGGUGGGGGGGAAGCGUCUCCCACUCCAUGGACAGCGUCAUCAUGGCCAAACUGUGAUUUAUGAAUUGUGGUCUUUUUCGUGAUAUCACUUGGUAUUUGGUUUUCUUGCUAUUUUGCUUAUUCUGCUUUUCUUUUGGCCUCUCUUGUUGAGCUGAUCGUGGGUCGUCGGGGGCUGAAUGGCGGAUUUGGAU